CCGACAAAAUCCCUUCGAGGCUUUUUCAACGGCGCGGAAUGAGAAGUUAAUCGAUACCAUUUUUCCUUUUUUUGGGUACUUUCGACUACAAAAAAAACUCGACAAAAAUCUUUCGGUGUCCUCACCUCGCAAGAUGAGGUUGGACUUGCACGAAUGGCGUUUUCCACACGGAUGGUUUUUCAUUUUCACGACAUGCAUCGGUGUGAAUCACACCACGGCGGAGUUCUCGGAUAUAAAUAAUUCUCGGCAUCUUUUUUCACGGACAGCGGGACGACUUUUUUGUUUUCCAAGAUGAUUCAAAAUUUCUGUUGCUCAUCAUGGUGCUCGACGGGUCACGAAGUCAUUCCGGAAAAGAUUAUCUCGACAUAUAGAAUGAGUGUCUUUUCAGCAACUUAUUCGGAGCGGGGGGGGGCAACAGGUGUUUCUGUUAUGGGCUCACAUGGGAAAUAUCAAAUGGGUGGUGGCGGGCAAAGACAUGCGUUGCUAUUGUUUUGCGGCAAAUCUCCAAAGCUUGGAAACGGUACCGGGAAAUACCUUUUUGGGAAAGGUGGAGUUGGUCAUGAAUUUUGGGUGCGGCCUGCUGGCGAACCCCUGCAUUGUUACCUGUUUUGGUUGAGCGAUGCGGACGGGGAUCGCGCAGUCCUUUGUUGUUUUCUUGCGCCUCUUCUCUCAUUUCAUUAUUCGAGGAUGGACUAUUCAUACUACUAUUGCUCGAUAUUCCGGCGGGGCAGGUCUAGCAUCUCGCGACACUGGAAACGGUUGGUGGUGGUGGAGUCACCUUGUCUGGGCACUUUCGCGAGCAUCUCGGAAGAGUUGUGUGUUUCUGGAUAGCGGUCUGAGACGAUAAAUGGCUCUGGUAGUUUUUGGGUCGGAGAGCGGGAUACCUUUUGGGGUUGUACAGGAAACGCUCAAGAUGC